AUGAUUCAUUCACCUACUUUAAAAAAUUAACAUAUCGCAUUGGGAAAUAAAUAAAACAGAGAUAGUAAUAGUAAUAUUAGCAUAAAUAUCGCAAGUUAAUAGAAAGUGACAACAAUUUUAAAUUUCGCGAAAAAACUUUGGAGAGCGUAGUUUGUCGCUUGUAAACGUGGCUUUGUUAAGAUCGGUCGGUGCGCAAGACUUACGCGCACAAUUUUACGAUCUAGCAGCCAUAUUGGUUACUGUCUAUCUGAAAAUUUUUGUAAGUAAAUAAUAAUAGUUUAGACGCAUUUAAUAAAGUUUUACAAGGAUCAAACGGUUUUUUUCGUAAUACACGUGAUAUUUGGCGGUGACCGAAAGUGAUUGCAAUGUCUGUUUUAAAUCAAAGUGGAGAGGAACAACAAGAGUGUCCAUUAUGUAUGGAACCCCUAGAAGUGGAUGAUCUGAAUUUUUACCCGUGCACUUGUGGGUAUCAGAUCUGUAGGUUUUGUUGGCAUAGAAUUCGUACGGAUGAGAAUGGAUUGUGCCCAGCUUGUCGCAAGGCAUAUUCAGAAAAUCCUGCUGAUUUUAUACCAUUGUCUCAGGAACAGGUAGCGAAGCUGAAGGCGGACAAGAGACAGCGCGACCAGCAGCGCAAGGCGAAGCUGAGCGAGUCGCGCAAGCACUUGGCAAGUGUGCGCGUCGUGCAACGCAACCUCGUCUUCGUCGUCGGCUUGCCGGUGCGCCUCGCCGACGCCGAAAUACUCAGACGGCACGAGUAUUUCGGCAAGUUCGGCAAGAUACACAAGGUGGUCAUCAACCAGUCGACGUCCUACGCGGGAUCACAAGGACCCAGUGCAAGUGCCUAUGUAACGUAUAUGAAGAGCGACGACGCUCUGCGCGCCAUUCAGAACGUGAACAACAUCACGAUAGACGGCAGGCAAAUCAAGUCGAGCCUCGGCACGACCAAGUACUGCUCGCACUUCAUGAAGAACCAGCCGUGCCCGAAGCCCGACUGCAUGUACCUUCACGAUUUCGGCGAUCCCGAAGCCUCUUUCACGAAGGAACAAAUGCACGCCGGCAAGCACCAGGAGUACGAGAAGAAGCUGCACGAUCAGCUGACGGCGAAGGCGGCCGUGACGCAAAACAACAACAACGCGGCCUUGAACGGCGCCAACACGACGGUUAACGUCGCGGCCGACAAGGAGAAAGACGCGAAGGUGGCGGGCAACGGAACGAGUAGUAAAGGUAGCACUAAAGAAAUCACGUCGACAGCGGGCAGUGGCGGUACGACACAACAAACGACAGGCAGUAAUAACAGUAGUACCAACAACAAUAAUAAUACAAAUAAUACUAGUAAUGGCACAAACAAGGAAAAUUGGCCUCAAUUGAAUGUAGAAAAGGAAAAGAAAGACAAAGAAAAAAGUAGUAAAAAAUCGAAAACAAAAUCGACAGAAAAGAGUAAAGAAAAGAAGGACGUUAUUUGCAAUGUAAAAAAUUUGGUGGAUAGUAAAUUGGAAACAAAUAAUAUAAUAGAAGAUAAACUAGAAGUAAAUAUGUCAAAAUCCCCUUCAUCCGAAGAUUCCGACAACGGUUCGACCUCGCCGGAAUUGUCACAAACUCCCCCCCAACAAAUACAACACCUACAACACCUACACAACCUACAACAACAAAUACAACAGCAGUCGGCCCCACAGCAACUGACACAACAAAACCUCCAGCAACACACAAGCAACAACCUGCAGCAACAGCUGCCGAUGUUGCUGCAACAACACAUGCACAACGCGCACGCGCAGCAGCAACAGCUCAACAAGCUGCAUCAACACCAGCGCCACCUGUUGGACGACAACAGCAGCUUCUUUUCGUCGUCGAAUUCCUUCGCGAAGCUAGUGGAAACCCCCGACAGAUUGAACGACGAAGACGAUAAUUUAGAUGGCGACGAAAUUUCCAGCCCGCACCAACAUCACGACAUUUUGACGGAUUCCCUGCCCAACAUCAACACCACGGAAGAUUGGGCGGCCGCGUUCGGGUUUCCAAGGCAACAAGCUGCGCAACAGCAGCCUGCGCAGCAACAGAGGUUGCCGCACCACCUUCAAAUGCAGCAAGAGCACCUCUUGUUGCUGGGCGGGGAGGAUAAAAGGGCGGGGGAUAAGCUGGAUGGUUUUGGCGGAAAUGGCGGCUUCGGCGUCGAUCAGCUUCAGCCGGACGGCAACGGAUUCGGCAAAAGUUUUAUAGACAUCGCAUACAACGACUUCCUGGUGGACAUGCUGAACAAAACGAACUGCUUCGGCGGUGGCGGCGGCAGCAGUUUCAAGCAGCAAGAGCCGCCCCAACAACCGCCACCGCAAUUGAACGGCGGCGGCGGAAUGAACGGGCUGGAUCAGAACUUGUCGAAAUUUUUCAUGGACUUCCACAAAAACAGCGCGGCCGCGGCUGCUCAGCAGCAACAGCAGCAAAAGGAGAGCAGCGCGUUUGCGCCAUUGAAUGGUUUGCAAAAUAAUUAUUAUCAGGCUGAGAAAAUUAUGUUGCUGCAACAGAAACAGAUCGAGGAGCAGUUCUUGAACAUUAGUAUUAACAAUAAGGCGUUCGGUUCUCCGACGUCCGCGUACCAAAACGGCGGCCUCGGUCACUACCUGAACGGCGACGUGGCACCGCCGCAUCCCGCGCAACAAGCUCAAGGGGGCAGCGGCGCAGCGAACGCGCAACACAACUUCGGCAUGCCGCCGCACCUUUACGGGCACAAACCGUCGCACAACAGCCAGCAAAUCAACCGAGAGGACGAGUUGGACUUCGAUCCCAUCCAAGAGACGCAGAAAGCGUUCGCGGAGAUGAUGGCCAACGAGCAGCAGCCGCCGCAACUGAAAACGCAACAGGCGAGGGGGGCGCCGAACGGCGGCUACCUGCCACCGCCGCCGCCUGGAUUCGUCCAGCCCGGCAACACACACAUGAACUCGUUUGGGAGCAAAAUAUUACCUUUUUUAAAUAUGUCAAAUAACAGUUCACAAAUUCCAAAUAGUUCAACACAACAACAGAACGGUUGGCCUAGUAAUUUCAAUUCUCCUCCACACCAACAAAUGCCACAACAUAAAAAUGUUAGUAACGCGUGUAACGAUUGGAAAGUUUUAGAUCCUGCGAUUUUAACGUCGAGUCGCCACUUCCCCCUAGCGGCGAACAUGCCGCAACAGCAGCAACACAGCCACCUUUAUAACGGCGCGCAGCAGCAACAGCAACAACAGAACGGCAACAGAAAUUUCGACUUUAACAACACAGCGUUCUCGAAUUUCGCGUCUCAGCUGCAAACGCAGCCGAGCUAUUCCAACAAUUAUUCACACAUUUCUCAGCCGAACUUGAACUGGUUCGGCGGCGAGAUUAACACAUCCAUCAGCAGCCCGCCUGGCUUCAGAAAUCAGGCCACAAAACAGCAGGAAUGUUAGUCGAUAUUGUUUCGUAUGGUAACACAAAAAAUUAAGUUUAUAUAAUAAAUAAUUUGAAAUUGGUUAAAAUGAUUAUUAUUAUUAUUGUGGCGUGCAAUAUUUGUCGGUCGCGGUUGGAUUUUCUCGUAAAAGUGAAAUCGGGAAUCAUUUUUACUUUAUUUUGGAGUGUUAGUUUUUUUCUGCAUGUACUUUUGAUGUUUAACAUUCUCGAAGGAAUAUUAAACAUUAAAACUAUAAUAGGGCCAUAGAGAAGCAUAUUUUGAAUAUUUUUCGAGUUAUUAAACGUUAAAAACUCGGUAACACGGUUAAAACUCAAAAACUAUUUGUACUAUACUUAAAAUAACGCCCUCUAUGGCUCAGUGCACCAAUAAGUAGGUAUUAAAGAUACAUCUAUUGCGAAAAAUGAUUAUAAUGAUAAAAAUAACUUUAUACAGUUAUAAAUAAUAGCACUUUCUAAAAUCUACUUAUUUUUCCAUAUUUAUUAUUUAAAUGCAAACACUGAGAAUCCAACUGCAACUAAUAUUUUAUUAUAUUAUGGUUUUAUCUAUCCAUCUAUUAAAUUGUGUUCCAUGCGUUAAAUGAAUUUAAAAAAAGUACUGGACGUGCUUUAAUUUUAUUAUAGACAAAUGAUAAAAAUUCAAAUGGGUGCAAGGACAUCUACAAAAACAAAAUCAAUUAAACUAAUAUUAUUCAUUUGAUUAUAUGAAUUAAAACAGCUAAAUAUAUAAUACAAAUUAUAAAGAAAUAAUUCGUUUAAUUUUUA